GCAAACCAAACCAAAGCCAUGAGCAGAAGAAGACGAAAAAGAGCAGCAGUUGGAGUUGGAGUAGGCCAGAUCGAUGCUCCUCCUCCUCCCAUGAUGAUAGAUGACGAAGAUUAUGCUGUUGUUGUCGAUGUUGUUGCUCGCUGAUCAUCAACACGAAGUUGCCGUUGCAGCUGCUCUUGCUCUUCACCGUCGACUCGGCAGAGGGGCACAGCUCAGCUGGUAAUUUAUUAUUAGUGCCCAUGGGUGGGAUGGAUGUGAGUGACAUCGGCGCUUCUACCGACAGUGUGAAACCCCAGCGAGGCUGUGCCUUGCCUUGCCUUGGCUUGUGUGCAUUGCCUCUCCCCUCCAGUCGUAAUUGAGACGUACUAUUAAACACGUAGGCGGUAGUUUUUGGUGGGUUGGUGUUUGUGUGAGGGGGGAACAGAGGAGAGGGCGGGGGCAAGGGCUGUGGCAGCUAUGGCGAGGUUGAGUAGGGGGCAAAGGACUGGAGUUGGCACGAUGGCAUUGCUGGUGUUCGCGUUUUUGUCUUUGAUAGUCAUGGUCAUGUUGCUUCUGGACGUGGUAGCAAUGCCAUCGGGACGUCGAGGCUCGAUUGACGAGGGAGCCGAAGUGGAAUUGAAGCUGCCUACCCACAGGCAUGUGGAUGAAAAUCCACUGGCACCUUGGGUUGAGGUCCUUUCCUGGGAGCCCAGAGCUUUUCUGUAUCACCACUUUCUGACACAAGUGGAAUGCAACCAUCUUAUUGAGGUGGCCAAGCCUAGCCUGGUGAAGUCAACAGUUAUAGAUAGUGCUACGGGAAAAAGCAAAGACAGCAGGGUUCGCACAAGUUCAGGGACAUUUUUGGUGCGGGGCCAAGAUCACAUCAUUAAGAGGAUUGAGAAACGUAUCGCUGACUUCACAUUCAUACCUGUUGAACAAGGUGAAGGCUUGCAAGUUUUGCAGUAUAGAGAGAGUGAGAAAUACGAGCCUCAUUAUGACUACUUUCACGAUGCUUUCAAUACUAAAAAUGGUGGUCAGCGGAUUGCUACCGUACUGAUGUAUCUGUCAGACGUUGAGAAAGGGGGAGAAACAGUUUUCCCGGCUUCUAAAGUGAACGCUAGUGAGGUUCCUGAUUGGGAUCAGCGAUCCGAAUGCGCUAAACGGGGCCUUUCUGUACGACCACGUAUGGGAGAUGCCUUACUUUUUUGGAGCAUGAAACCAGAUGCGAAGCUUGACCCUACCAGUUUGCAUGGCGCUUGCCCUGUGAUUCAAGGUACGAAAUGGUCUGCUACAAAGUGGUUACAUGUUGAAAAAUACGCAGCACGGUAAACAUCCUUCUAGAAGUCUUCAACAGGAUUACAUGAAUUAUGCGAGCAGUCUUCUGGCAUGAGCAGAGGUGAACUUGCCCAAACUUGCUCAUGGAACAACAGAAUCAGCUUGCGAGUUAUUUACAAGGAGCGAGUGUCCAUGCCUGAAUGCUGGAACACCAGCGUGAUGAGAACGCUUAGGAAUACCAAUUCUUCACUGAUUUUACAAACCACACUAGCUACUACACAUGACAAAUUUCAUGCUUUGACUUGGUUGAUCUGCUUUUGUGUGAGGAUCAGUAUUUUAUAAAUAGGGGAUGGAGCUCUUCAGCUCCUAAUGUGCGAUUUCGAUUUGUCGUCUUCUAUUCGAAUCUUGCUGUUGCAAUUGAGGCUUUGGUAGUGUUGAGAGGUCCCCUUUCCAUUGAGCUUGAAAAUGAAGUCUCCAUGGCAUCCAUGUUUGUGGGAAACAAAGAAAGAAAUGCUAACUUGUUUGCAGCCAGAUUUAUGGAA